AUGCGUGUUCCGGCCAUGUAUCUGAAAGGAUUGGGAUCUACUUGUAAACCAUGGAACGGUAUGUUUAACGGUGACUGGAGAUUCGCUAGAGAGCACACUCACAAAGCCGCAAAGCAGUUUCUGCUCGUUUCCGUUUCCUCGUUUCUGGAUUCUCUUUUAGCUCUAUUCCGCGAUUUUCGAUUCCGGCGAGAGCGAUUCCGGCGAGAGCGACGUGAGUCGACGUCGGACUGGAAUUUGAGUUCUUCUUACGCAUCGGCUUCUGCCCUGCUCCGCCAUUGUCGUAUAUCCGCCAGUAAUUCAAGCUCGAGCUGCUCCUGUGAGUCGAGAUCUGGAGCUCCGGUCACAAUUCGAAAUCUUCUUGCGCCGUUGUUGUAG